AUGCGGUCGAGCAUAGCAUGCAUUCGCUGUCGACGAUCGAAGGUCAAGUGCGUGAACAACGGUGUUGGCACGGCAUGUCGUUCGUGCGAGAACUCGGGACGGGAGUGCACAUAUCCAAGGCCCAUCACUGGAGGCAGUCGCAGAAGAGAUAGUCUCUCAGGCCGGCCCGAUGUAUACUCUGGUGGUGGAGGAGGACAAGAUGCCGAGCGCAGGCAACGGCCUAGGAAGAGCACACAUACAUUCGUCGCGAAUCCAUUGUCUACCAAUCGUGACAGUCCUCGGCCUCUGCUGGACGCCCUGGACCCGAACAUCCUCACGCCACAGUGUUGGCAGGAAAUGUUCGACAUCUUUCAGACGCACUACUCUGCCGACUUGCCGUUCUUGCAUCCGCCUACGUUCCUGAAACCGCUUCGCAAUGCAUCGCUCCAGCUUCCGCCUGCUGUGCCCGGCUUCAAUGCUGAGCAAACGCCCUCAGCCAGACCGCCAGCCUCGACUGAGUUCCUACUGGCCUUCUUGGCUCUCACUGCUCGCUUUCACCCAAGGCUCGUCGCGCAUCACUCCCCACCGAGCGCAACACGACCCAGCAACCCACUCAUAGCAUCAGAGUACUAUGCAGCAGCAGCCAACGAACGCUUGGCAAGUAUUUGGAUAGACGGGAAGGCACUCGAUAUCGAACGAACACAGGCAAUUUUGAUGCUUGGCUUGCACGAGUGGGGCAUGUGCAGAGGUGGCAAGGCGUGGUUGGCUGUCGGUAUUGCCAUUCGAGCUGCACAGGCCAUGGGUCUGCAGUACGAGCUUGAUUUGGACGAUGAGCCCCUGUCUCGAUCCCUAGCUUUGAACGGCGAAGCUGAGCGCCUUGGUAUGGAAUCCGGCCGCAAAAACUCAGCGAGCGGCAAGUCUGCCGAAGACGACUUCAUUUUGCAAGAGAUCAGGAGACGGACGUUUUGGAGCUGCUAUAUCAUGGAUCGCUAUCUUAGCAGUGGAAAGUACCGGCCGCAGAUGCUGCAUGCACGGGAGUUGCGGAUACAGCUUCCUGCAAGCGAACGCUCGUUUCUGUUCGCGGAGAAGGUCCGCACGCUGAUGCUGGGUGAGGAGGACAAGGCUGUGACCGGUUUGGGAAGAGCAGAGGUACAGAAUCAGCGACAGCAGUCGGUAAUGCUUGGCACUUCAAGCACUCCAGAACCACAUAUGGCACCCUCGCCUCGGAGCCUCGCGAUGCAGGAUACCGACGAAGAGAAAGGCAGGCUUGAAGUUGGUGCCGAUGAGGGCCUCGAAAGUCGAUACAUCAAGAUUCUGGAAAUAUAUGGCAAAGUCAUAAAAUGGUCGUGCUCGGGGGGUCGAAGAGUCGAAGAACAUCCUCCUUGGGACCACCGAAGCGAGUAUAACAACCUCCAUCGACAGUGCAGAGAGUUCAAAGCCAGCCUUCCACGACAGCACACCCUCACCCCGCAGAACACUCAAGCUCACAUCAGCUUGAAGACUUCGACGCCGUACAUUCUUGUGCAUACAGUGUACCUACUAUGCCAGAUUAUGCUGCAUCGCGAAUAUGUGCCUUUCAUACCGAUCCGCUGCUCGAAACCGGAAGGCCCACUUGACCCGCCUAUCUUCGCACCAGAGAAGUAUUCUGUCCCUUCUGGGUUCUGGGAAGAGAUCGCACGAGAGUGCUUCAGAUCGGCGCGCGAGAUUAUGGAUCUUGUCAGAACCUGCCAAGAGUGGAGUGCGCUUGUCGAAACGCCCAUUGUUGGCUUCGCUGUAUACACAGUGGCCUUCGUCGGUGUCUACUGCAUCAACUUUCCGUGGAUGGACCCAGAUGGCUACAUGUGCACCCGACCCGAUGCUUCGAAGCCGCCCAAUGCCAAGAUUGGCGAAAGCAAAGGCUUUGAGGCGGCUCGCAAAGCGUUGGAGAUGAUCGGGACAAUGCGCACCCGCUUACACAUGGCCGACGGGUGGUUCAAGACUAUCAAUCGCAUGCACCGGUACUUCCGCAAAAUGAAGAGCGACUACCGCAAGAACAGCCAUGUUAUCGAAAGCUCGUCAGAGGGUGAUAGUCCUAUCAGCACUCGGCAUCUCAGCCUUCGCGAAGGUGGACUCGGCGGUGGCCUGGAUGAGUUCAAGCUACUCGAAAGGACUCUCAAGGACUUUGGCAACCUUGAAGAUCAGGAUGUCGAAAUGACUGACGCUAAUCGACCCGAUUCUCGACCGCUUGAUGGGGUGUACGAUGACAGCAAUUCCGGCACAACGGUUAAGAGCGAGGAGAUUGGCAAUGACCGGGUUGAACGUACUCAAUCGGCACCAGAUGCGUCGAAGGCGGAAGGUGGCGCAUGGAGUGCUAUUAAUGCCGCGCCCGGCGCUGCAGCAAGCCGGCAUCCGAGCAUUUCGACCCCAAGCAGCGGGCAGUUCAGAAGUUACGACCAGCAUUAUCAGCAGCAUCCUCACCAGCCGCCGCCGCCGUCGCUGUUGCAAUCGCAAUCGCAAUCGCAAUCGCAAUCGCAAUCGCAGCCGCAAUCGCAACCGCAGAGGCCUACACCGCCGGCACACCCCCAGCAGCCGUACAGUCAAAACCAGCUCAAUAACUUUAGACCUGUGUACGGUGACACACCCGGCUCGGCUGGUCCACCACCCAGUCUUACUUCGCCAGCAGCGCAUUCGACCAGCGCGUCCACUCCAUCACGCUCUCAGCCUUCGCCGCCAUAUGAGCGCCACCAGUCUACCUACGGCAGCUGGGGUACGCACCACACGCCAUAUGGCAUGCAAGCGCCACCUCCGCCGCCGCCGAAUCCAUACACCAAUGGCCACGUGCAUCAACACUCGCAUCCUGGGGCGAUGCACCCUGCUCCAGCUCAUUCGGCAUAUCCCCAGUCUGCACAACCUCAUGUUUCACAACAUCUGCACCCGCAGCAGCAGCCCAUGCCUGAAACACAGCAAGCGUGGGAUCCGAUGGCGAAGGAGGCGUGGCUGAACAGCAUUGACACCCGUCUGGGCGGUGAUGAUGUCGCUGCCUUUGUCGAUGGCGGCGAGCUCGCUGAAUGGGCGAACAUGGCCGCCAACCAAGGUUUUGGCGGUGGCUGGUUGAGCACUGUCUGGGGUGGCCCAGCGCACAAUUAA